GUUACAUUGUAGCAAAAUGGCGACUGUCAUUCACAACCCCCUGAAAGCGGCUGCAUUACACUGGUCAGUGGUUCUCGCGUGGUGUUCCAGGCAGCACCUGCAGUGCAGAGGUCUCCUCUGAGAAGCUGGCUAACAGGACUGGACGAAAGAAUAACUCGGGGACCAGUUCUACAAAGAAGCAAUUGAGCACUGUCGCAGCUAUAACUCUCGGCUGUGUGCUGAGCGAAGUGUUCGCCUUCCCUUCCUGGAUUCACAAACUGGGGUAGCUCAGAACAACUGCUACAUCUGGAUGGAGAAGAGGCACAGGGGACCAGGCCUUGCCCCAGGUCAGCUGUACACAUACCCAGCACGUUGCUGGCGCAAAAAGAGGCGUUUGCAUCCCCCUGAGGAUUCCAGGCUGAAGCUGCUGGAAAUUAAACCUGAAGUUGAUCUGCCUCUGAAGAAAGAUGGGUUCACAUCAGAAAGUACAACUCUGGAGGCCUUGCUACGUGGAGAGGGAAUAGAGAAAAAAACGGACACUAAAGAGGAAGACACUAUACAAGAAAUCCAGAGGGUUUUAGAAAAUGAUGAAAAUGCAGAUGAAGUGAAUGAGGAAGAGGAUUUGGAAGAAGAUAUUCCGAAACGAAAGAACAGGCCUAGAGGACGGCCAAAGACCCCCACCUGGAAAAAAAUUUUCCAGAAAAAUGCUCGGGGAUCUGGAGGUGGCAGGAGACGGAAUGAUGCUGCCUCCCAAGAUGAUCAUGACAAACCCUAUGUUUGUGACAAUAGUUACAAACAAAAGCAUAACUCAAAAAUCUCCGACAAAGUCUGUGGGAAGCGUUACAAGAACAGGCCUGGGCUGAGCUACCACUAUGCUCACACCCAUCUCGCCAGCGAAGAGGGCGAUGAAGCCAGUGAACAGGAGACUCGCUCUUCCCCUGUCCACAGAAAUGAAAACCACAAACCCCAGAAAGGACCAGACGGGGUCAUCAUUCCCAAUAACUACUGUGACUUCUGCCUCGGAGGCUCCAAUAUGAACAAAAAAAGUGGCCGGCCUGAAGAACUUGUAUCAUGCUCAGACUGUGGGCGCUCUGGACACCCGACCUGCCUGCAGUUCACCACAAACAUGACUGAGGCGGUUAAAACCUAUCAGUGGCAGUGCAUUGAGUGCAAAUCCUGCAGCCUUUGUGGGACCUCUGAGAACGAUGACCAGCUGCUCUUCUGUGAUGACUGUGACCGUGGCUAUCACAUGUAUUGCUUGAAUCCACCAGUCUUUGAGCCCCCAGAAGGGAGCUGGAGUUGUCAUUUGUGCCGAGAGCUGCUCAGAGAGAGAGCGUCAGCUUUUGGUUACCAGGCCUGAGGAGCUCCAGCAGUCAAGAAACACUUUCCUCCUGGUGUUGCCGUACCAGCACACUGUUCCUAUCCAGAACACAAAGACAGAACCCACAUCAAAAAGAAUGAACACUCAAAUACAGGAAGAGGUAUCUGUGGUAUUCACUGUCACUAAUGUCGUGCCUCCUGGGCUCUACUAGAAGGAUCAUGUACUUCCUCAAAGCUCCAGAUGAAAUCUCUUCACUGCUAUGCAUGGUUGCUGCUUACCGUUACAGGCUCACAUGCAUUAUACAAGGGGGGGUGGGUUGUUAUAUCUACAGGGAGAAGUAAUUUUUGUGUGGCCUUGUGCUUUCUGUUUAGUCUUCUUUUUAAAGAAGAAAUAAGAUAUGUCCCAAGCAGUUAUUGGUGAGUACUUUGGCUAGGAGCAGCGUCAGUUGUUUCUCUUUACAGGUUUGACUGGAAAUCUCUUUACUGCAGCCACUCAGUAUUCACAAGGGGCUUUGAAAGUUGCAUCAGUUCAAGACUUCCUGAGUCACGAACAGCGUGUUGUCACUGAGAGAAGCAAUGAUCACAGAUUUUUAGGGUGACACUUUAUCCUUUGGACCAGAUACUUUGAUUUCGCAGGUCUUUAGAAAUCUAGUUUUCGUAUCUCUGAUGGAAGAAUAGUACCGGUAUGUACACACAGAGAUACUUAGAAAAGUCUAUUAUUUUACAUAUUUCAAGGUAUUCAGAUACACACUCCCACUGCAGUGCCAGCAUACGGUCCAGACUCAUCAUUGUAUUUUUGUUCAGAAAAUCGUGAAUGCUUAUGUAUGUAACUGACUUGCUGUUUAUCUCAGAAAACUGAACAAAAGAAAAUGUCAUCAUAAGUUGAUUGUAGAAAAUAAAAUUGUCAGUUUUCUGAGCAAUCUAAAGUAAGCUGCAAAAAGUAACACCUUUGGUUUAGGGUCAAACGAAGAACUUUUGAUUCAUUUUUUUAAGUUUCUAAACUAAAAUGUUCUGCAAUUGAAAGUUGCAUUUUAUUUGGGGAAUUGCCUAAUCAGGAAUUCCAGCAUUUCCAAAGCAUUACUGUUUUUUAACAAAGUAAUUAUCAAGUUCUAGCUGAAUUUUCAAAUAGUUUUGCUUCCAAAUUAUCUACAACCACAUUUUUUUUUGAAAAAGAUGAUAAUUUGGCAAAUAACCUUCCCCAUCUCUAAAGAAGGGAAUAAUUUACCAAGCCUAAUAUGAAAAGAAAGAUUUUAAUAAUAAUUUUAAAAUUUAAAGAGAAGCAGUUGUACUUUAAGCAAAGUUCUACAUGUGAAAUGGAGAAACAUUAAGCAAGAGCAUCAAUUGAAAAAAUAUUAUUACAGUUGAAUCUUUUUUGAAUAAUUUAAGACAUCACUAGGAGGACAAGUGAGUACAUGAAAGAAUUUUUACCAGAUAUAUCUCUAAGGUUAAAAACCUGCAGCUCCCCAAAAUAUCAAGUAGCCCAGAAUGGCCAUUUUCUUGGGUAUGACUUAUAUUACUUUCUAUGCAUAGAUUUAAGUGGGUUUAUAAUACAAAUCUAGGAGAGUCCCAAGUAGCCUGUGACUAAGGUUGCUUGUACAAAUAGGUAAGGACACUGAAUAUUUUCUUUGUCAUAUUUAUAUUGGCUGAAACUUUUCUGCAAAAAUUAAAUGUCCCUGAACACUUGAAAGGACAUUAUGAAAGAAUAUCAGUGAACUAAUUUUUCUUUCUUCUCCUGCUAAUUACACUUAGUUAGAAUGAGCUGUACUAACCUACUGUAUUUUUCCUCAUUAUUUAGAUAGUUUCUUCACCUUCUGCAUUUUGUUCAGCUUGCACACUGAAAGUAGCCAUGUCAGAUGCUGGAUUCUCCCACAUACUGUCACAACAUCUUCCAGAUUGCAGCUGGAUUAUUUUGAUCUGUUAGAAAAAGGCUUAAAACCUAGUAAACUAAGGUUUAGAAAGUAUUUAUCCAAGUCGUAUUGGACCAAAUCUCUCCCGGAGCAGUCACAGUGGCUGCCUGUAAUAUUCAUUCAAUAUCUUAGGGUUUCCGUAUAGCGGCCCCUCAGACAAGCAGAGACUACAAAAAAAUUGAGCGUCAGGUGCAGGGAGGGUAAAGUGGGAGCCCAUGGACCUGCGUUAGGUGCCUGGUACCUGUUUGGACAAAACUCUAGAAAAAAUGUAAAAUUAAGUGUCUUCCUUUCAGUCUUGAGCUGCCCUGGCCCGUGGGAGCACUUGUGGACCACAGCUCAUCCACACAAGCAUUUGCACCUGUCUGUUGGUGUGAUCGAAUCCUGCUGACCUGGCACUUUGGGAUUAUUGCACAGUUCAAGCUCAUAGGAAGUCCUGUCCUUGCUGAGGCCAGGAGUGCAAGAGUGUGUUCACCAUGACACUGCUGGGCUUUCUCAUGGAAAGUGAGUGUUUAGGCAAGAGGGACAGAGGCUGAGAAGUGCGUGCCCUGGAGGAAGGUUUCAUGGUGAUGGUAGGUUAGUGUUCGGGCUGGUGCUCAGCUACCAGGCCUGUUGGGCUUAAGGAGUUCCAUCAUAAAAAGACCUGUCAUCCUCCAGUUUCCUGGCAUUUGAAUUGACGUUGGGAGAGGAGUAGGAUAACAAAGGGAAGGAAAAUGGUCAUUGUUUUAGCCAGUGUGUUAGGGAGACAAUGAUGGCCCAUCACCUAAGUCUCAGGUAUCCCUGCUGGUGGGACCAGCUGGUGCAGAAAGCCAGUGCUCUCCAUUCCUGUGACACAGAUGGUGUUAAAUGAUCCAUGCUCUCCAUGCACACCUGCUUUCCUGUUUUGAGGUUUUGAUCCAUAGCGCUGACUGUUUUCUCCUCCCACAACCAUUCUGCAGUGAACAGUGUCUGUCAAGCUUGGAAACGUUCCUCAGUGGCCUUGCUGAAAUUAAUCACUAAUGAGGUAUGAAGGAAGGAGAGAUUGCUAGAUCUUCAGUGGCAAAAUGUUGUCUGCUGUUUGAAAUCAGCGUAACGGGGUACUUUCAGUUGUUUGGCUGUGUUUCAUCUCUCCAGUUCUGCGCUUUGUCAUUGUGUAUCCGGGAAGCUCCAGGUAGCUUUAGUAGCUGAUGAAAUGCCAGUUUCCCAUGCUGAGAACUUCCUCUAGCUACAGUCUCCCUUCUCCACUAGCUUGGUCUCCAAUAAGGGUCUGGGACAGACCUCUCAGUGACAUUUUUAACAUGCAUUCAGAGCCAUGUGUCUUAGCAUGCUUUAGAAAUAAUCAAUCCACCAAGCAGACAACACUGUACCCGCUUUACCGAGAUACAGAGAGGUUGUGGCACAGCCAUCAGGAUGAGGAAGAGUUUAGAAACUCUGAUAACUAGUUCCUUGUCACCUGGUAUCCCCUUGGGGACAUCCCUCUUGCAUGGCAGUUGGUGUGAACUUCUUGGGCAAAUCCAGCUGCUGUAAGGGAAAUCUUGAAACCGCUUGUAGCAGUGGUCUGGUCUGCACAGCAAACGACAUGAGGAUUCUGGCUCUGUGUUCUCUCUCUUUCAACAGCAGGAAUGCAAGUCUGUUGGCAAUCCCUGAAGUGAUCAAACUCUCACAUAUUUCAAAACUCUUCUGUAUAGGCAAGACAAGCAAUAUUUUAACACUAAGGACAGACUAACACGGGGGAUGGUAGAUCCUGCAUCCCUUGAAGUCUCCAAAUCAAGAAUGGGCAGCUUCCCAGAAGAUGUAUUUUAAUUAAAUGCAAUCUUAGUUAAUUACAGGAAUGUCUGACUGAAAAAGGCUUGUGUUAUAGAGGAAGUCAAACUGGAUGAUGUAAUUGUUCUUCCUUUCCUUAUUAUAAUAACAGAUGUUUACUGGGGGAGAGGAUGUAUUUAAAUACAAGCUGUGACUACAUAAUGGCCUUAAAGUAUGUUCGUUAAACAUAUUCAUGUAAUCUUUCUCAUUUUUAACCCAUUUUGGACAACCUAAAAAAGAUCAGUUAUAGAAAAUUGGCUUUACUUAUGCAGUAAACUGCACAUUACUUCCUUCAUGCCUAUGAUUGCAGCUACAUUGAUGUUAGCUGCCUCAGGCUGUUUCAGAGACUGAACAAUUCAGACAGUAUUGCAUGAAACCACGGCUUGGUUCUGGCUUUCCUUCCAUCACGUUUGUGUGCUGUGUUGUCCCGUUUUCUGCCCCAUGGUACGAAGGUGGGCUGGGAAGGGGAGCUGCUGCAGUGGCAACCUUGAAAACCUGAAGGGUGGAGACAUGGUCAUAAGAAAGGAGUGCAUCCAAGUUGUACCCUUGAGGAGGUGAGCUUGUGUAACUGUCACAGAGUCAGAAAAGCUCUGUAGCUCAGAAAAGCUCUGUAGCUCAGAAAAGGCAACACAUUCAAGAAACAUGAGGUGGGUUCCAUUCUGCCUCCAAACUGUGCUUCCUUACACGUCUUUGGACUGAGUUACAGCAUUUCUUUACAUGUACCUUAGACUAGUUCUUGAGAUAGGGAAGCCACCAUUAAGUCUGUUCUUUUGAAGCUAAGUAACUUUGAAAUCAUUGUUUCUCAGCUUUCUUUAAAAGGAGCUUAGUAAAUUCUGCCCCUAAGUAAGACUCUCCCACACCUUGCAGUGUUAUGGGACUGUUGCAUGUUCUUUACGCCUACAGCAUGUGUUUUGACAGGGGUCAUUUGGGAGGUGAGGAGUGGAUGGGGGUAGAAAGGCAUAUUAAUUUAGCUUGUCACUGCCGGAGGUAUAUUGUGCAUUGUGUUCAAAGAUCUUCCAGGUAGAGCUGGACAUGAUUUUUUUUUUUUAGGGGAAUAAAUUUAUUUUUAAAAAAAUAUGCUUUUGGAGGAACCACAUAUAUUCACAUCUCCAAGUUCUGGCAACUUAUUUUAUACAAAAAGUGUGGAGAGAAUAUUGGAAGAAUUGAAAAUGCUUGUUUCAUUCAAUCCUUUUAGAAUGAAUCACUUCAAUAUUAGAAUUUCAAAGUUAAUUUCAACAUAAAGUAAUUAAAUAGCCUUUAUCUGACAUGUGGGGCUUAAAAGUAUUUCAAGUCUAGCUGAACUGAAUUUUGCCUAUUUAUAGUGUUGUAUCUACCGCUGUAUAUCUGGUUAAUUCAGUUCCAGCAUGUCAAGAGAUUAUGUUAGAGGACACUUUAUAGUACCUACUGAAAAGAAAGUUAGGAACUAUGGACAAAUAGGAAUCUUUAACAUGAUGGAACUGAUUCAUCUAAAAGUAAAAUAAGAUAAAUAAAAUGGAGAUAUGUGAUCUGGAAUGCUGGGAGUGCUUUCUUAGAUUGAGAUGUCUUGAUUGAUAUUACUUGUCUGUCUGUCUAUCUAGUCAGUUGGCAAUGCCAACUGUUACUGUAUAAAGCUGUCCUUCAGAGCAGAAGGGGGAAAUGCUUUGUGUUUCCCCAAUGUACUAAAUAACUGAACAAAGCAACAGAGACUAUAUUGAGAAAAGUUUGACACCAGUCUGAGAGGGCAGAAAAUACAAAUCUUACAGAGUAGAUGGUUAAAAGACGGACUGUCUUGUCAAUUUUGUUAUAGGAAGCUGUGGGCUGGACAAGAGGAGGUCCUCACCCAAAAUGUUGGUAGUUAACUUAUUUUUAUGAAAAUAAGUUCAAUGGAGAGGAGUAGGAAGACAAGACAGGAAAGUCCACUUCUCUAGCCAUUCUGGGUUUGUUAUGGUCUUAGCAUUUCAUAUUUGUGCAUGAACAAGAGAACAAGUCUUAUGAGGAGCGUCUGAGAGAGCUCGGGUUCUUUAGCCUGGAGAAGAGGAGGCUGAGGGGAGACCUUAUUGCUCUCUACAAAUACCUGAAAGGAGAUUGUGGAGAGGAGGGAGCUGGCCUCUUCUCCCAAGUGUCAGAGGACAGGACAAGGGGGAAUGGCUUGAAGCUCCACCAGGGGAGGUUCAGGCUGGAUAUCAGAAAAAAAUUUUUCAUGGAUAGAGUCAUCAGCUGCUGGAACAGGCUGCCCAGGGAGGUGGUCAAGUCACCUUCCCUGGAGGUGUUUAAGGAACGGGUGGAUGAAGUGCUUAGGGACAUGGUUUAAGGGAGUGUUAGCAAUGGUUGGACUCAGUGAUCCAGUGGGUCAUUUCCAACCUGGUGAUUCUAUGAUUCUAUACUUACUACAUGGCAGGACAAUGGAAGUAUGCAUUUGUUUUCUUAGUCAGCUAGGCAGGGUGAUCGCCACUGCUGGGGCAGGAGUGGACGAGUGCUGCCCCCCUCUUUCCCUGCCCCCCACAACAAGACGUGUCUGUGGAAACAAUGCACAGCUAAAGAGACAGAAAUGCUCGUACACUCAUAGCCAUAUUUAGGCCUUGGUUAACAACAGCUCACUUGAACGGGAGACAGCCUGUUCUGCAGAGCUGCUGGUUGUCACAGGCUGCCCACUGGUGAGGGGAGUCAGAACGGCUCUGUGGUUAUCUGGAAGCACGACAUUUCACCACAUCUAAGAGGAGUUAUAAAGUGCAAGGUUUGUUUCCACUUACAAAAGCGAUGGUAGCACCGCUGCAGGCAGGUACCCAAACUCUCUGUGACUCACUUCUGGAGAAAAAGUAGGAUGGCAAUUCUUAGCUGGUUUUUUAAAGCAUUUGGAGUCUGUCAACCGUAUGCAAGCACUGAGUGCUGCCAUUUACUUACAGUGCUGCAGACCCAGGCUAUGGCAGAGCAAGCAGAGCCAAGUCUCCUGUGCUGUUCCCAAUGCUGUUUCUUUCUGCCAGCUGUGGGCCUGUGACACUGCCUGGGGCGAUGGGAGCAGAUGACAAACCAGGAGUUGGAUGCUGAAAGUCCAAGACCCUGCAGAGGAAACAAAAAAUUUUAGUUACUGUGGCUGUGCUUGUCCUCUGGUCAAAGAGGGCAGGAGCUGGGACUGGCAGGCAGCCAAAUCCAUCUCCAAUGGUGAUAUAAUUGCUAACAAUGACCUCCAGCCCCAGCAGUAUUUAAAUGGCUUUUCAGGACAGGCACCAAACCCUGAUCUGGUUUACACAAGAUAAACUCGAUUUUGCUGGAGGGGAAGGGAGAGGAGGGGGUUUUCAGUUCUGACAGGGACUGAUUUAGAAGCACAGCUGCCCAGCCCGCUCCCUGUCACGUUCCCACGGCAGUGCAGGCUCAGUCCACCUCCGUUCUACCAGUGCUGAUGCCAUCGACUGGGGCGAGUGUCAAGUCCCUGCUCCUGGGGGGCAGUUCUGCAGGCAGACUGCUGGUGCUGUCCCAGCUCCAUCCCCUGUGGUGCCGAUCGGAGCGUAGGGUCUCUGCACUGCAGAAAAGGGCAAGAGCGACCGAUGUCGCCGGGCAGUGUCCCUGGGGGAAUGUGCCUCUCUUGAAGUAACCGGGUCGCAAGAUGUGGGACCACAAUUUGGCUGUCCUGAUGGUCAACUCUUAGUGUGGGGCAGAGGAGAGAUACAUUAUCAUCCUGUCUCUCCAGCUGCACAACUGGGUUGUUUGGCAAGCUGUGCCCCCACCAUUGUAUAUUGAGGCACUUAAAUGAGGGUGAGAGGAAAGGUAAGCAAUAGCGAUUACUUCUGGGAGAUAAGAAGGGUUUUUAGGGUUUACCCUCUUAUUGCAUAAAUGUCAGUAAGAGUGCCAGAUAUUUUGCAGUUGGGAAAUCAAGCCAAUAGUUUAAUAAUGUUUGGUGCAUGUUUCUGCCACAUUGGAUGAAAAUGCAAAUUAUUAUUGAAGUAUUCACCCAUGCAUUGAGAAUACACAUUGUUACUGCUAUUUUGACAUAAGAAAACUAUUUCCAGUUCAGCUUACCUCCCUCUGCAUUCAUGAAGUUGCCAAUAAAACACUUCAUACCCUAAAUUUACUGAUUUUUCAGAUAUUGAUACUUUCUUUCAGACUCUUGUCAGUCUAGUCAUCCAUCUGAUUCAGUUCAGUGUAACAAACCAUAGGUUUCAGCUCCACAGUGACUCAGGAAACGUUCCCUCUCUUCCCACUUUUCAGGAGCCAAGGAGAGAGAAGGGCAGGUCUUACUCUUCGCAUUCUGAAAGAGUGGUGAAGAAUGACAAGUCUGUUUCAUGUUCAUCUCCUUUCUAUGUCUUGAAUGAAUGAAUUGGUUGGCUGGGGGAGAGCUCCUUUCUGUAGCAGUCUGAAAGGUCUUUGCUAGCAUCUGUCUCAUCUGUGCAUGAGAUAUCAGUCUGGAGUUUUGCCUCUCAGAUAGAACUCUUCCUGCUGUUGCCACAUAAGACUUUGAAACUGCUAAUUCUUAUCAAAGAACCAUGUGCCUACAGUUCUGAAAACCAAGAUAAGGAUUUACCUUAGAUUCUUCAAGAUUUUCUGCCAGGAAGGCAGAAAUCCCCCUGCUGAUGAACUGUGCUGGAGAACAGAUUUGCUUCCUGCCCAGACAUCUGCUGCUGUUGGACUCAGGACUGUAUUUUGAUUUCCACGAUGCACUGCAGUGCAAAACUUUGCCAGCAACUUUAAAAGAAAAGUAUCUGCUGAUAUUCAUCAAAGGACGGGACAUGAAUAUUAUGGCUCAUGUACUCUUCUUUCAUAGUCCUUCUAGGACUAAAGCAAGAGAGAUGUGACCCUGCAUACUUUUGGAAGGGCUAUUGCAAGUGCACAAGGAAUUUCCAAGUGUCAUCUCCUUUGAGAUUCACAGAAUAUCUUUCAUUUUCUGUUCUCAUUUUUCUCAUCAUCUGGAGAGCAGAUAAGAUACUGGAUGUGGUGGUCACAAACACAAGCGAGCUAAUCAAUGACAUCAAGAUUGGAGGUAGCCUGGGCUGCAGUGAUCUUUAACUGGUGGAUUUUGCAGUCUUGAGGGACAUGGGUGAGGUGAAGCCGAAGAAAUGAGCUCGCAGAUCUUUAAGGAUGCUUUCCAUAGAGUGCAAGAACUCACCAUACCCAGGUAUAAGAAAUCAGGAAAGCAAGGCAAGAGGCUGACAUGAUCGAGUCAACACCUGCUGGUCAAACUAAAGGGUAAAAAGGAAAUGCACAGGCAGUGAAAGCAGGGACAAGUCUCCUGGGAAGAGUACAGGGACGCUGCCUGAUUGGGUAGGGACGGGGUCAGGAAGGCCAAGGGGCAGCUGGCACUCAACUUGGCAAGGGAUGCAAAGAAUAAUAAGAAGGUCUUCUACCAUUAGAGCAGCCAGAAAAGGAAGGUCAUAGAAAGCGCACCCCGCUUGAUAAGCAAGACCGGCAAACUGACGAAAACAGACAUGCAGAAUGCUCAGAUAUUCAACAACUUUCUUGACUCAGUCUUCACUGGCAAUGUCUCUUCUCACACCUCUGGAGUGGAUGGACCACAAGAUGGGGACUGGGGGAACAAAGGCCCUCCUACUGUAAGAGAAGUUCAGGUUCUUGACCACCAGAGGAAGCUGAACUUAUGUAAGUCUAUGGGACCUGACAAGAUGCAUCCCAGAUGCAUCCCAGAGUCCUGAGGGAAUUGGCCAAUGUAGUUUCCAAGCCACUCUCCAUGACAUUUUAAAUGUCACAGCAGUCAGGUGAAGCCCCCGGAGACUGGAAAAAGGGAAACACAACACUCAUAUUUUAAAAAGGGUAGAAAGGAGGACACUGGGAACUACUGAUCUGCCAACAUCACCUCUGUGCCUGGGAAGGUCAUGGAACAGAUCCUUCUAAAAGCUAUGCUAAGGCACAUGGAGCACAGGGAGCUGACUUGAGACAGCCAGCAUGGCUUCACCAAGGGUAAGUCCUCCCUGACUGACCAAAUGGCUUCCUAUGAUGGAGUAAAUAGGUCAGUGGAAAAGAGAAGAGCUUCGGAUGUCAUCUAUCUGGAUUUCUGUAAGACUUUGACGCAGUUCCCUACAGCAUCCAUCUCUCUAAAUUGGAGAGAUAUGGAUUUGAUAAGUGGACUCUUUGAUGGUUAAGGAAUCGGUAGGGUGGUUGCAUCCAGAGGGUAAUGGUCAAUGGCUUGUUGUCCAGAUGGAAAUCAGUGACGAGUGGUGUACCUUGGGGUCCAUAAUGGGACUACUACUCUUUAAUAUCUUAAUCAGUGACAUAGAUAGUGGGAUUGAGUUCAUCCUGAGCAAGUUUGCAGACAACACCAAGCUGAGUGGUGCAGUUGAUGUGGCUGAGGGACAGGAUGCAUCCAGAGGAACCUGAACUAACUUGAGAAUUGGGCCCAUGUAAACCUCAUGAGGUUCAACAAGGCCAAAUGCAAGGUGUUGCACCUGGGUCAGAGCAAGCCGCAGUAUCAAUACAGGCUGGGGGAUGAAAGGAUUGAGAGCAGCCCUGCAGAGAAGGACUUGGGGAUACUGGUGGAUGAAAAGCUGAAUGUGAGCAAAAAAUUUGCACUCACAGCCUAGAACUCCAAUUGUAUCCUGAGCUGCAUCAAAAGAAGUGUGCCAGCAGGUGGAAGGAGGUGAUUCUCUCCCUUUACCCCGCUUUGGUGAGACCCCACCUGGAGUUACUGCAACCAGCUCUGGAGUCCUGGGCACAAGAAAGACAUAGGCCUGUAGGAGCAAGUACAGAGAAAGGGUACAAAAAUGAUCAGCAGAAUGAAACACCUCUCCUGUGAGGAAAAUCUGAAAGAGUCGGGGGUGUUCAGCCUGGAGAAAAAGCUCUGGGGAGACCUUAUUGCAUCCUUUCAGUACUUGAAGGGGGCUUAUAAGAAAGAAGGGGAAUAUUUUUUAGCAGGGUCUGUUGCUAAGGACCAAGGGAAAUGGUUUUAAUCUGAAAGAGGGUAGAUAUAGACUAGAUUUAAUGAAGAAUUUUUUUACAGUGUUGGUGGUGAAACACUGGAAGAGGUUACCAGAGAGGUGGUCAGUGCUCCUCCCCUGGAAACAUUCAGGGGAGGUUGGGGUGGGCUCUGAGCAACACAGUCUAGUGGAUGACAUCUCUGCUCACUGCAACAGGGUUGGACUAGAAGACCUUCAAAAGUCCCUUCCGAACUCAAAUGUUUUAUGAUUCUAUAAUUUUUUUUCUUUUAAAAUAUAUUCCUGGAUUUCAGAGACUGUGUAUCAAAGCUGAUUUUAAUGGUCAAGAGCAAUUAGGAAAUACAAACAAUACAACAAACCCUUCAUCAUUGCAGGGAAUCAAACUCACUUGCUGACUUAGUCCCAGAUCAGCAUUAAGGUCACACAUUGGUUCAUAUAGGUUCUUUUGUAGUGAUAAAACAUUCUACCCUAACACAAGGAGAAAUGCUUUCCAUUUUUUUGUGUUGUAGUAGAGAUCAACAGACCUCCUGUUUACUCUGGCUUUCUUUCAACACCUCAGCCUGGGUCAGCAGUGGUGGGGACAGGCCUGCGAAUAAUUUAUUUCAUUGAAUUGCAGAUUUAAAGAGAGGAUCAAGAGCAUUCAAGUAAAUUGACAUCAGUUCUAAACAGUCAGACCUCCUAAGAACCAGAAGUUUGGAAUCAUGUUAAGUUAUUGUUUCACCUUUUCUUUAUCAUUCAGACUGAGUAUGCUUGGUAUGUGGGUUUUUUUUUUUUUUUCUUUCACUAGAAGUAAUCGUGAAGGCACGCAACUAAAACUGAGAAUGAGGAAGACUGAGUUAGGAUCUUUUCUAUUGAUCCUUUUUUUUUUUUACUUUGGGUCAAUAUUGUCCCCAUUAUUCAAAAAGGGAAUAAAAGGAGGCUAAAUCUGUGACAUCAUAGUGAAUCUCUCAGAUGAAAACCGUGAUGUCAUGAACUUUUAAGUGCACUUUAAAAAUGCUCAAGUAAUGAUCCCAAAAUAUUGAAAUUUCCAUUAAAACAUCAGUAGGGCCUUAAUGUGUGAUGCUGUAGUACUGAAUUUUAAUUAGAGGAAGACUUUAAGUUAUAUAUACAAAUACACAUGUAUUUGUGUAUCAUAUUAAUGUUACUUACUGUAGAUAUUGCUCCCCUAUCAGGAAUAGAUCUGAAGUCCUCUAAGUGUUAUUAACCUUGAAGGAGAAGAAGGAGGAGGGAGAAAAUCUUGUUUUGCAAAGGUGUACCAGCAUUCUGACAAAAUAAGGCAAAGCAUUGUCCCUUACAACUUAAUCUUAGUCCUAUUUGAAACAUGACUUAUCAACACAUGAAAGAAUACCAGUACUCUAAAAUAUAGGACAGGUUCUCAGCUGCUCCAUUGUCUUUAAGCCAAAAGAUUGGGUUGGUGUCUUAGAGUAAGCCCAGUCUAAAUAGUCUUAGACUUUAGUCUUUAUUGAAAUAUGCAUACUCCUUAACAGUUGAGCACACUCAACAUGUGUGAGAAAACAGGUAUUUCUAUCCCAGAUGAGUCUGGUCUGUUUACAGUCAGUUCUGGUUCAGCCGGGCUCUGGUGAUGCCAUGUCACAGGCUCCAAAGGAAAAUGAGAAAUCUCAGCAAAAGAUAAUGAUGGAGCAGGCAAUAACCAGAGUGAAUUUCUCUCUAACUCCAUGAAGUUCUGACUUGAUUCAUCACUUUUCAGUGUAAUGCCUUUGAUUUUCUGUAAACAGCCCCUUACUGCUGUAUCAGGAAACAAUAAACAGCAGUGUAUGAUUUUCCUUUUCCAUAUCAGACCUCACUUCAUGCAGCUCUGACCUCCCCAUUUCUAAUAUGUUCCAGUCUUUUUGAUCUCUGUCUCCUCAUGUGAAAGCCUUUUCCAGCCCCUAUCAUUUUUAGCAUCUGUCCCUGGAGUCAGUCCUAUUCAGCAUCAUUUGCUCUGAGGCAGCCUGAAGUGAAAGCCUGCAUGACCAGGAUAUGCCAUAGGUUUACUGAGUGGUGCUUAAACAUCCUAAGCUUUACUGCUUUCCCAACAGUAUGUCUUGACAGUGUCUUUGCUUUUUAGCCACUCCAUGAGUAGACCCGUUAUCAGCUCUGGAAUAUUUUUCCUUUGUGGUUACAGCUUAUCUCAAAGAAACCUGUUUUACAGCCAGUGAAGCCACGCAGGCUUGCUGCCGGCACACACUCACCCUCCUUUCCCCAUUGCUCCAGCUGGGGACGUGGUCAGGCUGCUGGCACGUGAGAUCACAUCCAGCACGGCUACUCCCUGGAAGCCAAAGUGUUGCUUAGUAACCCACUCAUGGAAGUACCAGAAGCAUUUUUCAAUCUGUCACGCUGGCAAAAAACACUAGCUUCUUGAUUUAGAGGCAUUCUGCUGUGCAUAGCUGAGCUGUGCUCCAUUACCUUGCGUCCAGAGCUAUCUGCAAGUGAGGAAAUGAUCCUCUCACUUAAUGGAGGGGCUGGGGACAUGGUGGGGGGGAUAAGGCACACAAAAUAUUUGCCCAGGAUUGUGUGUGAGGCCUUUAGCUGGUUCUCCUGGCAUCUAGUCCUCAUCUUAAUGCCUUUCCUGGGGGAGAUGCUCUCUCCUUAUGAAAGUGCACUCCAGGGUCCUAUAGCAAUUGGUCAAACAGGACCCUGAAGCACCUUCAUUUAUUAUGAGACAUUACUGCAAUAAACCACGGUGUGUCAUACAGAAACUGGAUGAGGUAUUGCAAUAUUUAUGUUGUAAGCCUUAGUGUCAUGGACAAUUGCUACAGAAUAAUGAACGUCUUCCUUUAAUGCACUGGAGUCACAGCAGCUUCACAAGAGCACACAGAAUACAGUCCACCUGGGAUUACAUGGUUUCCUCAGUUAUUUUCAAAUUAUCUCAUUACAGAGAGUUAAAUGAAAAACAUCCUCUUAUUUAAAAAAAAGAUCAUAAAGGCUUUUAGGUUACUUCCCUUUCUCUUUUAAGAAUAAUUCAAUUUGGGAGCAAAGCAUCCAAGAGCUGUGUUCUCACUUCAGAAGCUUGCUCCUUUAUCUGGCAUUGGUUUAUCCUUAAAAACAGCUUCAAAAAGUAACUUGAGGGCUUUUAUUUGAGAUACUUUACUGAUUUUGCUCUCAAAUCUCCUCAGUUUGGAAGUGAAAAGAUAUUUUAAACAAUAUCUAGCUUUGAGGUCUGGGUUCCAGCUGGGCUCUUCCCAUCCUACUUCUUGUCAUCAAAGAGAGUAGAGCCAUAGUCCACGUUCAGCGAUGGCAUGACUGUUUCUGUGGCUUGCCUCUUGUUGUCAGAUUGUGUCCUGGAAGUCCUCUGCAAAAAAUGAAAGGGUUUUAUAACAGUCAUAGAAGGUCCAGAGUGAUCUUAGAGGCAAUUUUGGUCUUCAGAGAGUCUCUGACCCAGGAUAAAGCUCAACGGUGCAGGGAUGAAAUCAGCAAGGUUUAUUUCUUGUGCAAAGCCCUUUCAGUGCAACGUCAGUAACACACAGAACAGUUGUGGGAUAAAUCUUUACUAAGCUUAAAGAUGGAAAAAACAUCCCGCAACAUGACAAGCAUUUGACUAGAUUUCUGAGGACUUUCUGAGUGAGCACAUUCCUAUAAUCCUUCCUAGUUUAAUAGAUAAAUUUGGGUAUGGGCUAAGGAGUCUUUCAAUUUUAUUGCACAAAGUUGCAUUUUUAUUGCGCUUACUUUAAUACAGACAGUGAUCAAAAAAUGUUCCUGAUCACUGGUGUGUGGGCAGCCUAAGAGCAAGUGAUGACCUGCUGUGGAUCCAAGCUCAGAAGUGUCUACAUCAGAAAUAUUCAGAGUGAACUGGCUUCUCUCGGAGGCAGGGAGCAUUUUUUGGUAUGGAAGCCAAAAGACUGUGAAGGUCUAAUCUACAUUUUAAUUCUUAGAACUGGCUGUGCCAGCUCAGGACUGAUGGAAAUCUUGCCCUUGUGAUGCUUUGCUCUGUGGAAAGAGGAUUCAGAGAAGCACGAAGUGUACAAUGCAUCAUUUGUUUUAAAAGUAGCAAGGUAUCUGUUUCCAGUCUUCUAAUACAUUGACCUUGAAGUUUGUUUGUAAUUAAAUAGUCUUGUCUUACCAGUUAGCCAUUGAAGCAAAAGAACUGUUAUAAAGAGAGCGGGCUAAGGAAGAGCAUUCCGACUGGGUAACAAUAAUGAGAAAGCACAUCCACUCUCUUCAUUCACAGGGGAAGAGAACCUCUUUCUUCUCAUGCUCUGCACAUUCUGCACAAUAAAAUUAUUUGAGCUGAGAGAGAUUUUACAGCAACUGAGUUAGCUACGAAUCAGGGGACGUUCUACCAACGUUGAUUAUUCUUUAGUUUUUGAGGUAAUAUACUCACAAUCGUCUUUUCAACAUUGGGGAUACUUUAGGUUAUCUGUCUCACCUAACAGGGGUCUGCCUGCCCUUAUGGAAACAACAAAACGUGGGUUGGAACCUGCCCUGCUUCCUGGCUGUACAUACCCCUACCUACACACGACAUAUGUGUUUGUUGAGUAACUGCAUCAUAAUGGCUUUUGUAAUGCAGUACAAGUGAUGUGAGGAUAAUGUGGUUGGAAAAAAACUAGGAAUACUUAAAACUUUAAAUGAAUUGAAAAUCAAAGUCACUGAAAAGGCAAUACAGCUGAAGAAGUUCUCUCACUCUGAGCCAACACUGUGUUUUCUACGAUAUGCCAACUUCUGUAUCCCCUAAAUAUACUUGUAUCCUCUUCGCAGCAGAAAGGAACUUGACUUUUGUGUCUUUAGUGUAAGCCGGAGCCAUUGGUGUUCAGUCUUUUCCUAAUGUGCUAACGAAUUGAAAAGCUAACUUUGUCUUGUCAUGGGUUUGCCAACUUCUGCAGCUUCCCACCAAAUUAAUCUAAUGUCAGUCAACGAAUAAUCUCGAGGAUUUUUGGGUGCUGCUGACUGAAGUGUGCCAUUGAAAUGUUGGUCUUCAGGGCAAGAGGGAUAAGGAGGUUUUGAAUCCAUGCUUGUGAGAAAAACCCAGCAGUAUCAGAUGAAACUGAAUAUCCUGGAAAACAGGACAGAGUAAGCAUAGAGGCGAACAAUGGAAUGAGGGAAAACAUAAGGGCUCCUGCCUGCAUAAUACCCCAGAUAUCACUCUUACUUCAGAGGGAAAACCCUUCUGUGACUGAUACUGGGGUGGCAAGUAGGUGGACUCACAAGGCUAGAAAGACACAUCACUGUAGUGUGUUUGUCACUGUGUCUUUUAUUAUGUAAACAUACCAGAAUAGGAGAAAAAUGCCUGUCACAUCUUUCAAAUUCCUUUUCAGCUAUGUACACUACCUCCAGGUUGCCUGUUGCUACCCUCUGUGAGGUCUUAUUGGAGUUUACGCUAUGCUGCUUGGUAUCAUUUACUUUUGGUGGCCAUGGACUAAAGGUUACAGGUUUGGGAACCAGUACAUAAUUGUAAGGACAGUUUCUUGUGUUAUUUUUUAACUCUUUUCCUCUUUUGUAAAGUGUGAACCUUUCUUUUGAUCUCUGAAGUGACUGUAUUGUUAUAAUGUGUGUAUGUAGACAUUUGUUUUGACAUGGCUUGUGUGGAUGACCUUUGCUCCUCUUAUCACGUACGAUAUUAUUAAGUGCUUGGUAGCUUUUCCAGCCUUUUGUGGGGGAGGAGAGGUGAUGGGAUGGGUUCUUACACCUCAAAACGUGACAUUUUUUGAGGGAAAUUUUCUCAGCUUUAUCUAGAGCACUAUAAGAAUCCUGGGUGCUCCUGACUGUUCUUCAGUCAACCUGAUCUGGUUUCUUCCAGGAGAAAGAGAUUGGUCUUGAAACCCUCAGAAAAAUAUGUUGUUUAAUCCUAUAAGCCAGCACUAACCAAGAAGGCCCAUCAGUUUUUCAUGCACAGGAACUUGCGUGAUGUUUCUCCUCUGUCUGAAGGUGUCUAUCUGAGCGCAGAGUGAAUCAUACUCUUCCCUCAUGACAACUGACAUUGUUCCGUGGACGCUAAUGGAACUACCACAGCUUGCACCAGCUAAGGAUCAGCCCUUCUGUGUUUUGGUGGUUAGGAAAUCCAUGAGUGAAAUCCUACAGUGGUUUGAGAGAAGAGGGCAAUGUGUGUUGGAAGCCUCUUAACUUUGCAGGAUAUCUUUAAUAUUCACACACAUUUGCAAGAAUGUAUUCCAAGCAUCUUGUACUGUUAUUAGUAACUUGUACUGUAGUUUGUUAGCAGUGUUGACUACCUACGUAGCUAAUAUUCUGUUGCAACUUAUAAAACGUGUAAAUGAUUGCAGAAAACAGGAGUUUAGAACUUGUAUGUACUUUCAUUUUUUUUUAAUAUUAAAGCACUUCAAU